AUGGGGCCGUGGGGCCGCCUCGUGGAGACGAUCUCCUCCCGGCUGGCCUUCUUCCCGCCGUCGCCACCGACCUACCAGCUGCUGACGCACCAGGACGGCACCGGGGAGCUCUACAUCCAGCCGGACCUCCCGCAAUUGCAGAAGGUGCUGGGGUGCGACGUGUUCAUGGUAAAGGUCCCGCGCGGGGAGGCGCACGAGAUCGUGGCGGCCCGCAUCCCCUACAGGCCGCCCGGAGGCGUCCAGAACAAGCGGAUUCUGACGAUGCUCUACUCGCACGGGAAUGCGGUGGACAUGGGGCAGCUCAUGCCCUUCUUCAAGGAACUGUCGAGCCGGCUGGGCUGCCACGUGAUGGGCUAUGAUUAUUCCGGGUACGGCUGCAGCAGCGGCACCCCAAGUGUUCGAAACACGCUGGCCAAUGUGAAGGCAUGCUUUCAAGUCCUUAAGGAGAAGUACAACACACCCGCCAAGGACAUCAUCUUAUAUGGGCAGUCUGUUGGCAGCGGACCAACGGUGUAUCUUGGUUCAGAAGAACCACAACUUGCAGGGGUUGUGCUGCAUGCUCCCCUAAUGUCAGGCAUCAGAGUGCUCUACCCGAACCUGAAGUGGUGGCCCUCCUGGGCUGAUGUGUACCGGAACUACCAGCUCAUGCCCAAGGUCAAGGCACCAGUGCUGAUCAUGCAUGGAAUGAAGGACGACCUCAUCGACGUGUCGCACGGCAAGAUGCUCCACUCCCUGGCCCAGAACCCCGUGGAGCCCCUGUACCCUGAGAAUUCAAACCACCAGAACUUGGAAGCCUGCCCCGAGUACUUCCCCACCCUCCAGAAGUUCGUCAAGGCCAUGGCCACGAAGAGUAGCUAA